UUUCUCUCCUCUGCUUCUUGCUUAUCCUCCUCCUGUCUCUCUAGUUGGGUAUGCUCCUCGUGCCAUAUAGGAAAUGGUUUUUCUCGGAUGUUGGUGGCGUUGUUGUGUUUAUAUCGAUGGUCGACUGUCUCGAUCUGGAUCGAGUAUAGAGGGGCUUGCUCACUGUGCCCGCAACAAAGAACCGGAGUCUCCGUACCGACUACUGAAACCACAUUAUAGAGACCGAGGACUCGAGCUGGAUUGUCCCCACCUUCCGAUACUAACAAUACUUUUGAUACAGUUUGCACGAGCAGAAUCCCAUGGUUUGAGCUCAAUUCCAGAUCAUAUCCGAGUUGGUGGAUUCAAUCUGGGCAUUCUUUCCCUUUCACCCCCGAGUACUUGUUGGCUACUACCGACAGAAACAGUGCAAGAACGACGAGACUCGAGGGGAAUAUUAACACAGAAAAGGGCAAAACGAAACGCAACGCGACAUUUUCAUGACCCAUGUGCUUGACCCAAACCAACGCCGCAGAGCCCCCAGUGGAAUAAUGAUGUAGUUGGACAGCAGAUAAUGCAAUGGUCCAUCCCAAGCGAGAAAACAAGGAGAAUAGAAGAUAAGAAAGAGA